AUGUGGCGGGCGGGGGCGGCGGGCGCGGUUCGCGCCGCGGGACGGGCGGCGGCGUGGGGGAGCGGCGGCACCGGGGGCGCCCCGAGGGUGGGCACGGCCGCCGCCGGUGGCGGCCGCACGCAAUUACAGUAUUCUUCAGAUGUGAAGAGCAGGACUGUUUGGUUCAUGAAUUUGAGAAGUUCAGGAACUCUGAGUGACACAAGCUCUUUAGAUGAGACCACUUAUGAAAAACUGGCUGAAGAAACACUGGACUCCUUAGCAGAUUUCUUUGAAGACCUGACAGAUAAGCCUUUUACUCCAGAAGAUUAUGAUGUCUCUUUAGGGAGUGGAGUACUAACAGUUAAAUUAGGUGGCGACAUGGGAACAUAUGUUAUCAAUAAGCAAACACCAAACCGUCAGAUUUGGCUGUCCUCACCCACUAGUGGGCCCAAGCGCUAUGACUGGACUGGACGGAAUUGGGUGUAUUCUCAUGACAGAGUAUCCCUUCAUGAACUACUAUCAAAAGAAUUUUCAACAGCAUUAAAAACUAAAUUGGAUUUAUCCUGUUUAAUAUAUUCUGGGAAAGAAGAUACUUGAUGACAUUCUACCUCAUGGAAGUUUAAAGACUUUAACAUCAAGCAAAGCCCUUUCUUGGUUUCUGAAGUACCUGAGCUUAAUUUUGUUGGGUUUUUUGGCAUCAGUAUGUUGUGCAACAAAAAUGAAAAUAAUAUAUUUUUCAUCUAGUGUUCAGUCUUUCAGUUUCUGUGCUGCUGUUUGAAUAUGUGUCCAUGUAGUACAGGUGGUUGAGGUCACCCUUCCUUGUCACUUCAUUCCUUGCUUUCUCUUUGCAGAAGUAAGUCAUAAAUUCUUAUUAUCUGUAGUCUUGUUUGGAUAUACGGACUGACCCACCUGGUGACUUCCAACCAGCGCACAAACACUAAACUUCUUUUGGUGAGACAUUCACCAAAACCAAGAAAUGCCUGUAAGUUGCAUUGGCAUAAGUUGUGGUACUGUGAAUGCAUUGCAUUAAAGUUUGUGGCUAUUUCAAGUAACACAUCACAGUCAAAUUGAACAUGUCAUAAUUCAUGUAAUGACAUUUUUUUCUCUUAGUAUUGCAGAACUUGCUAUUUUCUCCAAAUUCUAAAUUCUACUUUGUUUCAUAUUAGGAUUUUUUUUGUUUUGAGCUAACCUUUAAAUUACUUAGAGGUCUGUGUGGCUGAAUGCAUCUUAUGGAACUGGAAAGGCCAGUAUGUGAUAUAUGGGCAGCAAUAUAUCUGCAAAUGUUUCAUUCUGUUACUGUGCAUUUCUGUUUCUCUACCUUUAUGUUCUUCAAAGAGUAAAAAUGCAUACCAUUUUUUUUAGUUGAGCAAAAUUAAGAUCAUGGUAGCAAAAAUUUGAGAUAAUUUUGUUCUGUUGCAUUUCUUUAGUAAGUGGUCUUAGGUUAUCUUUUUAUCACCAUGAUACAAGGCUCCCCUUGGCACUGUGCUGAGGCAGAAAUUUCUUAGAACCGAAUAUGGUACUUAGGCUGAUGAAGCUGUCUUCAUCAGUCUGUUAAAAAUGUGAAGGAAAUAAAUCAUAUACUCCAGAUCUUAAAACAAAAACAUUCAAAAGAAAUCAUAAACUGCAAGAACACUUCAUCAUUUGCACUAUUAUAUUAUUACCACUUCUGUGUUUUAAUUGCCUAUAAAAUGGAAGGACAAAGUGUUGACUGAUGCAUUAGGAAACAAUUGCACCGUAUUCAGGUAAAUUGUAUGAGAAGAUGUUCAGUGCAAGCUGUUUUCUUUUGGUUCCUCUGAUGCUGUGGUUAGUUUUGAAUGAUUCUCUGGCUAGCUUUAACAGGUAGGAUUGAUUUUGUCACUGAAAAGCAAUAGCUAUAAAGUACUGUCGCCCAUUAUUUGCCUUUAGAGCAUAAGCAUUGUUACCUGCUAUUUCCCACUGCUAAAUAGAGCACGAUUUCACUGGAAGUAGCUCUUGGUUAAUUGUGCAUGCUGUUUGCAUGUUUUUCAGUCAAAGCAAAUUUCAGCUUUACUGGAUGAGGUAAAUACAAUGACUCAGCUCUCAUAAGUAGAAGAGUAAAAGAUGGUCUUUUUAAAAAAAAAGCAAAGGAAAGGUAAAACCAGAAGAUUUUUUGCUGUUCUGAAUUUAGAACACUGAAAAUAGGGAAAUAUGGGGGAUUUCAUGUGUUUACUUUUAUAGGAUUAAGCUCAAUCUCCUGGUAGUUCAGAUAGCCAUUUAAACACAUUUGUGUAGAUGCUGAUGACUUGAUAUUUGAAUUGAGGAUACUUCCUCCUGAUUAUUCCUUUGCCUGCUCACAUUUAAUUAGCUUGUGUAAUUAUUUUUUCCAAUUGACUUUUCCAAAAAUUAUUUUCUUAAGUAAUUUGCGUGCAACAUCAUCACCAACGUACCUCUGAUUUAUAUUUGGAGGUUCAUUCUCCAUUCCCUUAUAUCUCAUGCAAAUGUUUUUACCAAAAUAAAGUUGCACAUAGAAUCCUUAAUUCAUUACGUAAAGGUGUGAACUGAGGAUGUAAUGAUAAGGCUAAAGACCACAGACAUGCAUAUUGGUUUGAAUUCUUUCUUAAAACACUGGAAAGGUUCUGUGCAAAUUUGGCCUGUCAGGGUGGAUUCUGUAGGAGCACUUCGGGUUUCACAGUUGACAUGCCUUGCCCUUCAUCUGUAAUACUACUGCUAUUUAUGCAAACAAUUUCCUGGUUUUAGGUAUCUGGGUAACAAAUGGAUUUAAUCUUAACUGGUGAAGAUAAAUAUCGUCAGCACAUUAGAAUGAGUUUUAUCUCGGUGUAUAAAAUGAAUCAUAGGAUGUGACUCAUUUUUUGCUUUAAUACUUGCAUCAAAUUGUAAGUAAGGACAAAGACUCCCAUGAACUGUCACACUUGGACAGUGGAGGCACAGAAUGAUCUCUGAUCAUAAUGUCAGACCUAGCCUAUUGCCCCAAGACAGAUAAUGCUUCCAUACUAUUUUUUACUUCUGUAACUUACUAGAAUAAGAAAAUUGUUGUAUGGUUCCCCACCUGACAUCAUGUUAAUAGUUUCUUGCCUCACCUCUCACAAAAGAAGUAGCCGAAGGAAAAUCUUUUCAUACAGACCAUGAACAGACAGUAUCAAUAACAACCAUUGUGUUAUGGGCAUUACUUUUUCCCAUCAUCAGUGAAGGAGAGCAUACAGACUGCUCUGGAAAGAUGACUAUUGGCAUCUGUAGCUUUACUGGAUGCACAAGCUCAGCACAGAAACUGCAGUGUGUUGGGGUUCUUUUAGCUAUAUGAGAGUUUUCACCAACAGCUAAUCUGAUUAUUGUUUUUCUCUGCUUUUGGCGUGCUCUCUGCAAGACCUAGCAUGUCUGGACUUGCUAAAAUUCAUUGCUUCCUCUGUGCCGAGGAAUUCUUUGGAAGUCUCAGUUCACUCAUGUAGUCAAGCUUCCAGCAAUUGCAUACAGUCUGUAUUUGUUGAGAAACGCCACAUUUGGUUGCCAGGAGUUAUGUGCCUAAAUGUUUGUCUGGUGUUUGUUGAUUCCUUUCCACUUAUGGUAGUUUUUAAGAAAAUGUUGCCUCUUCCCUGCGAGACUGUUCUUUGUGAUAGAAUCACUCCAUCUUAUUUCCUUAAAAUUCCCAGUGUCUUUUGGCAGCUUCAAAAAAUGGGAAAAAGACCUGUACUGAAGAGGAGUUAGCAGAAUAAGAGAAAGGGGGGUUGCAGGGAUCUUUGUGUUUGAUUUCUUUUAGCUUUUGGUUAAUGGUUGAACUCUGUGAUUGUGCUAACCAGCUCUGUAAUGUGUGGGAGUCCUGGGAAGGAAGGCGGAGGCUUGUCAAAAUACCUGGAAGAGCAUUUAAAAUAGAAAAGGAAGUAUGGGAGGGGCAGAAGCAAAGGCUAUCAGGAAGAGAUUAACCUUGCCCAAGGGCUGAUGUCAUUGGCAGGGCAAGGAGAGACUAGGGGCAAGCUGCUUCAUGUCCUGGCCCCUUAGGGAAUGGUGUUUUAAAUUUACUCCACACCACUAUUUACAAUUGUAACCAAUCAAACAUUCCAGUCCAUUUUGCUAUUGACUUGCUGUUUAGUUGUUUUUUUUUAAAUUCCUCUUUAAAGGUAAGAAGAAAUCGACUGGAGUUAUAUCUAUCCCAAAUUGUCUUUUAUGUAAAUUGUACUGUUGGCAGUCGUAGAACAAAGACAAGAUUAAUGACCUAUACUGAGGGAGAUGGUCAUUGGAGACUGCUUUGCUGGGGGUAGAAUAAACAGAGCUAUGAACAAUUAAAGUUUUUACACAGUUACUAAUUACAAACUUUUUUUGGAGUUCAGGUUAAGGAAAGACAGACAAGUUUAGAAAAGAAAACAAUAGAUGUUUAGAACAAGCCAUAUAAUGUUGCUGCCCUCUCCAGUUUGCUGAAUUGAUUUAGAAAUUGUUUGUGUCAUGGUAGUAAUGUGAUCAAUACUCAAUUGCAGUGAGUAAUUUUGUAAGCAUUGUUACUUUCCAGAUGUAGGCUCUUCUGCUAGCCAUGAAUGUUCUCUACUGUUAUACUAAAAAAAAAAAAUCAGUAAUAUAUUAAAUGUGA